CAAUAUACAUUAGGAGAGAGAGGCUAAAUAAGUUCUCUCGUGUAGAGAUUUAGAUUGAUUAUUGGUGGAAUAUGUAUUGAUCGUGAAAAAUCACAUGGGGCUUGUAGAGAGGUACAAGAAAUUAGGGUUGAGAGAGUCUCUGCAUCGAGCCUAUCAGUACCCAGUAGUCUGCAAAGAACUGAGCUUCAUUCUCAAGGGCGCUUACCGUCAAGUCCCCAAAAAUUUGCAAUCUUUCAUCUUCGAGGAUGUCCUCACUGCCUUUCACCUCCUCCCGGAAAUGCAGACACAAACUGCUGUCUCAGCUGCUUAUGCCCUCCUUCAGACUGCGGAGUCAGUGUUACCCAAACAAAAGAGGGUUCUUGCUGUGUCAGAGUUUAAGCAUGCUAAGAUUUCUCACAAGAGGCGAUCUAAAGUUAGUUCUGAUUCUCCCACAAGUUCAGCUCAACUUUCUGAGGAUGUCCUUGUGCAUGUAUUCAGCUUCUUGGAUCUGAGGUCUUUAAUAUCUGCUUCUCAAGUAUCCAGGUCGUGGAACCAGGCAUCAUGUGACAAUCACCUAUGGUGUUUGCAGUAUAAUAUAUAUUUCUUCCAAUCGUGUAAUCAUUUAAAGUCACAUUGCUCAAGAAUUGAUUAUGAAGAUACAAAGGAAUUAUUGACAAAGGAGCCUAACUAUGACUGGAAAGGUGCAUUUGUGAAAGCAUUUCGAGGAAAGCUGGCUAGGAAAUUUAGAUCUUUUAGGGCAUACUGCAUCUGUUGUGACUCGGUUGUUUGGCUGAGUAAUAUGAAAUGUCCUCAAGGAGGAGAACACAAAGAACAGAAAGCCGGUAUUCAGAUUUUAAAACCCAUUUCUACGGAGCAGAUUGUGGACUUCAUACUGCACAAUCUUGACGACUAUAGUGAAGAUGACAGCACAAGCAAUGAAAGUAGUGAUUCAGAUGAGGGAGAUUUCGUUCAUAAGCUUUGGGCUCUUCCGAGACACCUCGACCAAAUUUUGUAAGUAUCAAUGGGUGAGACAACUAUCUUGUAGUGGAUAUGAAGCAAAAACUGGAGAUUGGUCAUCAUUGCUCUUAGGUAAGAUUAUUGAAUUGUAUAAAUUAUGCUUGGAUGUGUAUAAUUUUAUCAGAAAUGUAACUAGAUAGAAAUUGAAUUACAAUUCAUAUAGGAGAAAUGGUUAAAUCUGAUUUGUUUUAUCAUAUUAAGUCCAAAUUACAUUGAUCUCAUUUAUAAUUCAAACCAUUAUAUUGAUUA